AUGGCUUCGACCGAGAUAGCAAGACAAGCUGGUGAAGGAGCUCGCGCUGUGCCUCUGUCCGGCCAUGUUGGCUUUGACAGUAUGCCUGACCAGCUGGUCAACAAGUCUGUCAAACACGGCUUCUGCUUCAACAUUCUGUGUGUUGGUGAGACUGGUUUGGGCAAAUCCACUCUUAUGGACACACUGUUUAACACCAAGUUUGAGGGAGAGCCUACCCAGCACAAUCAGCCAGGAGUCACUCUGAAGUCCAACACCUACGAACUUCAGGAGAGCAACGUGCGUCUGAAGCUUACUGUCGUCAAUACAGUGGGCUUUGGAGACCAGAUAAACAAGGAAGAGAGUUACAAGUCCAUUGUGGAGUUCAUUGACACACAGUUUGAAGCAUAUCUUCAGGAGGAGCUCAAAAUCAAGCGCACGCUUCACAAUUACCAUGACACCCGCAUACACGCUUGCCUUUACUAUAUUGCCCCAACUGGACACUCGCUCAAAUCACUGGACUUGGUGACCAUGAAGAAGCUCGACAGCAAGGUCAAUAUCAUCCCAAUUAUUGCCAAGUCGGAUACCAUCUCCAAGAGCGAACUGGCCAAGUUCAAGAUUAAAAUCACCAGUGAGCUGGUCAGCAAUGGAGUCCAGAUCUACCAGUUCCCCACGGAUGACGAGUCUGUGGCCGAGAUUAACUCCACCAUGAACAGCCAUCUGCCCUUCGCUGUGGUGGGGAGCACAGAGGAAGUGAAGAUUGGGAAUAAAAUGGUGAAGGCUCGGCAGUACCCCUGGGGGACGGUGCAGGUGGAAAAUGAAAACCACAAUGACUUUGUCAAACUUAGAGAGAUGCUCAUCAGGGUCAACAUGGAGGACCUGAGAGAACAAACCCACACACGGCAUUACGAGCUCUAUCGGCGGUGCAAACUCGAAGAGAUGGGUUUUAAGGACACAGACCCUGACAGCAAGCCCUUCAGUCUGCAAGAAACUUAUGAAGCAAAACGGAACGAGUUCAUGGGAGAACUCCAGAAGAAAGAAGAGGAGAUGAGACAGAUGUUCGUCCAGAGAGUUAAAGAGAAGGAGGCUGAGCUCAAAGAAGCAGAGAAGGAGCUGCACGAGAAGUUCGACCGUCUGAAGAAGCUCCACCAGGACGAGAAAAAGAAGCUGGAGGAGAAGAAAAAGGGCCUGGAUGAUGAAGUCAACACGUUCAAGCAGAAAAAGACUGCAGCUGAGCUUUUGCUGAACCAAGCCCAGCAGGCAGGGGGUUCCACUACGCUCAAGAGGGAUAAAGAAAGGAAAAACUAAGGAUCCCUGUUUAAAAACACCUGCUCCCUUACGACCACCCUGCUGUGAAUGAGCCCCUCCCUUCCCAUCAUUCCUUACAGUUUUCCUCCUUCACGUCACCCCCUACCCCACCCCUACCCCCUCCUGUGGAAGAUGCUGGGCAUUGCUAUUUGUUUUUGUUUGCCAUCACCCCUCCUCACCUGAAUGAUGCUUGUAGGUUUCAUUCAAGCAAUCAUUCAUUUGGCUUUUGAUGUUUUUUAUGCAAAUUAAAGAAGUUCAUUCCUUUUA